AUAAGAGAACUCACCGUAGAACAAAGACAAGCUCUAUUAGACUCGCUGCGAUUCUCCGAUAUUGAAAAGCGUCAAAUGACAAUCAAGCAUGCUUAUGAUACGACAUGUGAUUGGAUCUUCGAGUGUCCGGAAUAUAUGAGCUGGUCGGCACUUUCAAAUAACAUGAAAGAAGAUCCUUUUCUCUGGAUCAGGGGAAACUCCGGGAGCGGGAAAUCCACAAUAAUCAAAUUUGCCUUCACGUAUCAUCGCACAAGACAGGGCGACGACUCCAGAAUCGCGUUUUUCUUCGAUGCUCGAGGUACGGAUUUACAGAAGACAGCCAAGGGGGUGUAUCGGUCUUUGCUCUUGCAGAUACUCAAAGGCACCGAAGAAAUCCCACGUGAAAUACAUGCCCUCGAGCAAUCGAUGCGAGGUGGAUUCUCAACGUGGCAGACCUCCGCACUGAAGGAACUUCUCGAAUACUUCAUACCCCGUUCUGGUCGGCCUACGUUUUGUUUUAUCGAUGCGCUUGAUGAGUGCCAGAGAUCCGACAGUCGAGAUGUGAUAACCUUCUUUGCAAGACUUUCAGAGCUGUGUGCGAAGAAGCAGAUUAUCUUCAGAGUGUGCUUCUCCAGCAGAUACGAUCCGAGAAUCCCUACCCAGGACCGCCGAAGGGUGUGCUUAGAGGAGCAAGAAGGCCAUAAUCUGGACAUCCUCAGAUACAUCGAGCACAAGCUUCAGACGAGACCCGGUAUACCUACACAGGCUACCCAACAAGCGCUCAAGCGAAAAGCAUCUGGAGUUUUUCUGUGGGCAAUGCUCGUCGUUGGAACUCUCAACAAGGACCCUGAUUGGGGCCGCAGGUGUUCAUUUCGGGAUCGACUUGACAUGAUACCUGCAGAUCUUCACGAGCUUUACCGUCAUAUCCUCACGCCAAAAAGAGAGAAUGACAGCGAGGACAAGCUACUCCUCUGUCUCCAAUGGAUCCUUUUCGCGAAGAAACCCCAAACACCGAUGGAGCUUUACUUCGCCAUACUCUCGGAUGCCAAUCCGGAAGCUCUGAGGACGAUGAGAGAGAGCGCCCGAAACCAACCUACAGAGGAUUUAGCGGCAAAGUUCCUAUUGGAUGCAUCCAAAGGGCUUGUGGAGAUCACGCACGCACAUGUGCCAGUUGUCCAAUUUAUUCAUGAGUCCUUGCCGAAGUUUCUACAUAGCGACUAUGCCAUCGGCCAGAUAUGGAGGGAGCGUCAAUCUGCCUUUCAAGGCAAUAGUCAUGAUCGCUUGAAGCGCUGCUGUCUUAGAUUCUUGGAAGGUUUAGCCACUCCAGCAUCUGGAACUCUAGACGAAGUUGAGUUUCCAAAUUAUUGCCACCAGAAAGACGGAGGAAAAUGGACACAGUCUCUAUGCUCGAGUAAAGACCACCUUCCACCGUCACUUGAUCCCCUACCAAUAUUUGCAAGAUAUGCAGUAGAGAACAUCUUGUAUCACGCCAAUGAGGCAGAAAGGAACGGCGUCACUCAAGCCCAAUUGUCGCAAUACUUCCCUUUGACCCACUGGAUCCAGCUCGUCAACACACUCUCGGACCAACCGCUGUAUACUCCAAAAGCAAGCCUGCUUUAUAUCCUAGCCGAACAGAACAUGUCCGAACUUAUCGCAGCCCACCCACAUCGCCUUUCCUAUCUCAACCCUGAACAGGAGCUGUAUGGGUCUCCAUUCUUUGUUGCACUAGCUAAGGCGAACAUCGAUACAAUCCGAUCAUUUUUCAGA